AAAACAAAUAAGAAAAAUAAGGAAAGAUUCAUUUUAUUCUCUGGUGAACAGGUCGCUAACUGCCGCAUACAGUACCGCCAGUGCCAGAAAGGAGAAGCUCAUCAGCAACUAACCGUUGCUCAUCCAACAAAGCAGAAUGAUCUCGCGGUCGCUUGUUUCUUCCAGUAUCAGAACACAGUUCCAAUCAAUCUUCCUCUUUGGAUCCGUUCGUCCAACCAUCAUCCAAAGAUUCACAUGCGCAGCCCCUUUUUCUUCGGAGUCAUACCUGCAGGAUUGCAAUGACUUGAAUCCACUGACACACAAGGACUGGUUGGCGCCAAAUGAGGUUUUGAAGAUAUUCACGAAUCUCAAGGACCCUAAUUCAGUGUUUACCGUGUUCGAUCAAGUUUCUAAGCGCAGAGAUUACAAACCCAAUGAAGCCCUUUACACUUUGGUCAUCAGCAAGCUUGGACAAGCCAAGAAAUUUGAUGAGAUAGAAGAUUUGAUGGGUAGAAUCAAGGUUGAAAAAAGAUGUAGGCUUACUGAUGAUUUUUUCUAUAACAUUAUUAAAAUUUACGGCAAUGUCGCCGGUCGUAUCAAUCGAGCAAUCGAGACCCUUUUUGACAUGCCGAAUUUUGGUUGUUGGCCGACGGUGAAAACCUUUAAUUUUGUGUUGAACUUACUUGUUUCGACGAAACAAUUUGAUGUUGUUCAUGAUGUUUAUCUUGGUGCUUCUCAGUUAGGAGUUGAAAUUGAUGCUUGUACUCUUAACAUUUUGAUUAAGGGGUUGUGUGGGUGUGGAGAUUUGGAUGCCGCCUUCUAUGUGCUCGAUGAAUUUCCCAAGCAAAGAUGUGUGCCAAAUGAAAGAACAUUCUCGACGUUAAUGCACGGGUUAUGUGAAAAUGGAAGACUAGAAGAAGCAUUUGGAUUGCUUGAGAGAAUGGAAAGAGAGGGCAUUGAGCCGGAUACGAUCACAUUUAAUAUUUUGAUUUCAGGGCUGAGGAAACGAGGGAGAGUUGGAGAGGCAAUAGAGCUUUUGGAUAAGAUGAGGCUCAAGGGUUGUCAUCCCAAUUCAGGGUCUUAUCAGGAGGUCCUUUAUGGUUUUCUUGAUACUCAGAAAUUUGUUGAGGCCAAGGAUUUAAUGUACCGGAUGAUCUCUGAGGGUGUAGGUCCAAGCUUUGUAUCCUAUAAGUUGUUAAUUCAUGGGCUUUGUGACCAAAAAUUAUUGGGAGAUAUGAAUUGGGUUUUGAAGCAAAUGGUAGAUCAAGGUUUCAUCCCAAAGAUGGGAAUGUGGAAGAGGAUUCUUCAGAGCAUGUGUUUAGGAAAUAGCAGUUACAACUGCAUUUCUUAUGAGGAAAUUGUUGAGAAUUAGCACACUUGAUAGACAUGGUCAUAGAAUGGUUUAGUUGAUGUAUAUGGGUCUUUGAGAUGAAUAUGUACUGUGCUGCAGGCUCAAAAUUCAAUUAUUUGAUGGGCUAGAGGAUAUAAAGCUGGAGACUCAACUUAGAAAUUAAAUCAAUGACUGGUUAAUCUCAUCUUUCAUCUGGUUUGAGGAAUGCUUUAUUCCAUGUUUUGAAGAGAAAAAAUUAAAUGUAAUAUGCGUGGAGCUUGGUUUCUGUUCUGAAUUUGUUUCUGGAUAUCCAUGAGGUAUCCCUACACAUGGUAACAGAUGAUUAUAAUCUUUAGUAACAAAAUUCCUUUUAGAACUCCCCAGAUAACAUGCCACAUGUCUCUAUGUGGUUGAUAUCUCUAAACAGUAUUAACGGGAUUUACUAAUGGGAUUUUUUUAUUCCAUUGCUUUGGCAAGUUCAUUUAUGGGGACUCAGUGAAGGCCAGCAUACCUAGGUCUUUCCAGCUAAUUUUGAAAUAGCUCAUAGUUCUUUGGGAUCAGAAACUCAACCUCGACUUACUGUUCACCGAGGCUCAAACAGGUUACUGAUUGUGACCAAAUAUGUAUUUUACUUCUUCAAGGCAGUAGAGGUCGAGAUCAUGACUGGUAUGGGAGAGGAUUCCUAUACAGAAAGUUGGAUGAUUCUUCAUAUCUGCAACAAAUCCUUUGCUCUAAUGUAUGGGUUCCACUGAAGCAGAUGGUAAUGGUUGUCAGAAGAUGGCAACUGUAGCCUGUAGCAAUGUAUCAACCAUGCCAUUCGCAACUAGCUCUUAAAACUUCUAAUUUUUAAGCACUUGCUAGAAAUUGUGCUUGCAGGUGGUGGUCUGUGUUUUCAUACAGACAAUGCAGUCACCAAUUGUACAACUCAUCCAACAACAUUGAUAAGCUUAAUUUGUAUUGAUUUAAUUUCUUUAUAGAAACCAGUUCUCAUAAAUAGAUAGUGUUUGAUAGUGUUUAGAUGCAAGGCAAAUGUAGAAUGGGUAGAAUACUGUGAAGUGUAGUUCUUGUAUUGGAUUCAAAGAAAUGGACUGGAUUCUUCUUACUUUGUUAA